GUCAACCAAGUGAACACCACCAUCUUCGGUACCUUAUCACCAACGUAAACACAAGAGAGACCAUAACCGGCCCAACACCGCAUCUAUCCAGACAUUGCAUGCCGCAGUCAACGAUUCAAAUUCAAAAAAAAAAAAAAAAGACCAAGACCAUACCAUGCCCGACUCCCAAACCCCCGCGCCACAGCGCUCCACCUCCCGCCCUCGCACCCCCAACCGACCAACAACUCCCCUCCGCCCCUCCUCGCGCUCCUCACUGCGCGAAUCCGCCCGCGAAUCCAUCCAUGGCUCCAGCGCUUCCUUCCCGCUCAACGCCUUUGAGCCCGCCUUCGCCGAGCUGGCCGACGCCAUGGCGGACCUCGAAGCCAACAUGAUGCAUUUCCAGCUGAUGCACGAAAGCCUGGCCCGGUUCAGCGAGGACUUUGCCAGCUUUUUGUACGGGUUGAAUAUGAAUGCGUUCUGUGUGGACUUUCCCGAGGGACCGUUGACGGAGAGCUUUAAGAGGAUGAAGGAGAAGGAAGUGAGGGAGGCUGCUGCUGGUGGUGGUGGCCAGGGACAGAAUAACAUGGAGACUGGGGUCAUGGGGACGGGGACUGGGAUGAUGGCGACGGUCAAGCAGGAGAGGGAAGGGUUUGAUGGGGAGACUACGUUUAUGACCACCGAUACCUCCUUCGUCGAUAACCCCACUUCCAACAUCUCCGGCCCUACACCGCGAAAACCAUUGGUGGCGCCCAAGACACCUGCCCCAAGACAGUCGAGGGUGCCCGCACCGUCCGGAACGACAAGAGGCACGAGUGGAAGAGGUGUUGGUCGUGGUGUUACGCCCAGUUCUCGAACGACAAGCCGCGGUGCUAUUACUAGGAGUACAUCGAACGGGCGAGUUGGAGGGAAAGGCUUGAGGUGAAGACGACGAUGUUGCGAUCCAGAGAUUGACGCAUGUUAUGAGUAAUGAGGAUAUGAUAUCGAUACCCAUGGCGAAGAAAGGAUAGAGAUGCGCGCAACUGGUUUCGUAUCGAUAGGGGUCAACCGGACGACUUUUGGUCCUUGGAGAUGGUAUACCCUUGCUCCACGAAAUUGAGCAGGAACAUACAGAACCAUGUCGCCGAUGGUACGAUCAUCCAAAUGGCACUAGCUGUCUCGAGGGCAUCAUCUGACCACAACAUCACGCCUCGGUCGCCUUGUUCAAAUGCGUCUUCACCCUCUCAAGACACUCCGCCUCGCCGCC